UAAUCAUAUAAUUAACUGAAAUUAUUAUUUUUCUCCCUAAAUAUUUACACUGAUUAUUAAAACUCUGGACUUCAGGAGAUUUUAUUUUGAAGGUGGAGGAGACCGGGCUGCCGGAGGACCUGUUGCCCGCAGAGAGCAGCUGAUCCGGGCCGGGUCCACCCAGGCUCUUCCGCUGAUCUACAGAAUCAUGGCGGUUCACCAAGUAGUCUCCGGCGGGACCGAGCCGGAUCUUCGGCCCCUGAACCUGGAGGACUCGAGGCGGCUGCGGGUCCUCUCUGCCCAGGCCCUGUCCAUCGUGAGGAACCGGGACGUGCAGAACUUUGAGACGGUGAUGGCGUUCCUGGACGCGACGCACCGCCUGCUACCCGGGCUGAUUCCCGCCAUCAAACACAUGAAGAUCCAGUUCGGUCUGAAGACCAUGGUCGUCAUGCGGAUGCUGAGGGAAGGCAGAGGGACGGUCCACAUCGUGUCCAGUAUCAUCCGGUUCUUCCCCAACAAGCUGCCUCAGUAUGAAGAUCAGUGUAACCAGAGAGAAAUGUUCCUGAUGAGGAAGAACCAGGCCGACUUCAGACGCCUGGCCCAGAACCUGGCCUUCACCAAGGAGAGGCUGCAGGACUACUUGAAGGGUGACAUGGAGGAACGCUACGGUGAGCGCUAUGCCCAAAAGGUGGAGCAGCGACUGCUGGUUUACCUGCAGGAGCUGCGGAGGGCGCUAUCUGCAGACACCUGCAGCGGCAGAACCGGGCCGAACCAACCCCAACCUGGUCUCAUUACUCUGACUCAGAUGAUGAACAAGCAACAUCCUGAGGAUGAGGAGGAGACGAGCUCACCUUCAUUAGCUGGGAGGAAGCUGCUGCUGUGUGACGCUCGUCCCUCAGAGACGUCCCAGCAGGGACGGCCUGGGCCUGAUUGGAUCCUGCAGGUCGGUUCUGGUUCCAGUCCAGAUGUUGGGGAACCCCAUGGUCCAGAGGACAGAACAGGACCAGGGACAGUGGAGGAGGAGGACGUCCCUCCGUCCCCUCAGUUCUGCUCCAAGCACCAGCGCUGGAUGGACAACUUCCUGAGAGGCUGUGCUGAGGACGACCCGCCCCCAGUUCCGUCCGACCCGACCUGGCUGCCAUCUGACCCGACCCCGGUUUCGUCCGACCCGACCCCGGUUUCGUCCUCGGACCAGACGCCGUCGGACCUGGUCUCGCCUCUGCCCAGAACCUCAGAAGGUUCUGAUGGACCCGUCCUGCUGGUUCCAGUGGUCCGGCUGGAGGACGUCUCGAGGGGACUCGGGUCCAAUCUGUCUCAACCCGUCUCUGCGAUUCUGGUCAAAGCAGCUCACUGUGGUUCUGGUUCGGGUUCUUGGGCCCGCCGGAGAUCGGUGGACCAAAACGUCCUGGAGCCUGCAAGUUCUGGCCCGGUUCUGGGAGGACAGACUGUCCCUUCCUCUGACCUACAGAACCGGGCCUCACAGGUUCCGACUGACCCAGCUCAGCAAGGUGUCCAUCAGAACUCCAUCAGAAUCCAUCGUGAAACCCAAACCAGCAGAACCGUUCAGUACAGAUCCCAACCAGGUUCUCCUACCGGCUCCAGAACCUCAGCCCUUCUGGGCCGCUUGCAGCCGUGUGUGGUUCUGACCCGACUGAACGCCAAGCAGUGCUGCUCCUUUAGCAACCAGGAGGUCCGGCCCGGCCCGGCCCGCCGGCCCAGCAGAGAUCCAGACUACCGGCCUCACGUCAACAGGAAGAGAUUCCUGUCGGAGGUCCGGAGGGUCCGGAGGUUCCGGUUCCCUCUGAGGAAGGGAAGGAGAGUCCAAACGGAACCGGGCCGGUUCUGGUUCUAGACUUUAAAUACAGUAAUGAACCUGCUUCGAUGAUCUGACCUCACAGCAACGGGUCCAAUCAGUACCGGUUCUGACCUGGAUCCGGUAUCAGAGUCCUAUUUGAUCCAGUUCCAGCAACCAACUGGGUUUACUGGGAAGAGAAAACACAUGCCGCACUUUUAAGGUGGUAAACACUGACCUUCCUCUGCUUGGUGAUGGUCCAGAACCCGGUAGAACCCGCCUUCUUCUAGUCUAUCAGGUUAGGUUAGAUCAGUGUUUCUCAAUUCCGGUCCUCAGGCCCCCCUGCCCUGCAUGUUUUAGGUGUUUCCCUGCUGCCACACAC